AUGGAUGUGAAAGGGGAUACUCGCUCAGAAGCGAUCCAUCAUGAAAUCAACAUCGCUGACGACAACGUUGGGCAUGAGGUGGAGCCAAAAGCACCUAUUCUGAGCGAGUUCUCGGUCCAGGAGCAGCGAAAGAUCUUGCGACGCAUAGAUCUACGAAUCUUGCCCAUCGUCGGCGCGGUCUACUGCAUCUCCCUGAUCGACAGAACCAACCUGGGCGCUGCCAAUAUCGCCGGUAUGGCAAAAGAUCUCGAAUUGACGACCGGCAUGAGAUACUCCACCGUGACACUGGUCUUCUUUCCCACCUAUAUUGUCUUUGAGCUUCCUGCGACAGUCUUGAUCCGUUGGAUUGGACCACGACUCUUCCUUUCUUCCAUCACUAUGACAUGGGCGGCAGUUAUGAUCGGCUUUGGCUUCACCAACAACUGGAAAGUUCUCGGUGGCCUGAGAGCUGUGCUAGGUAUCCUUGAGGCCGGGUUCUUCCCAGGCUGUCUCUAUUUCCUGAGUACAUGGUACACACGGUAUGAGAUGCACAAAAGGUAUGCUGUUUGGUAUUUUUGUGGUUCCGUAAUUGGUGCCCUCGGGGGUAUUCUUGCGUAUGGCCUUAUGCAGAUGGAUGGUAUCUGUGGACUCGCAGGAUGGAGAUGGAUAUUCAUCAUGGAAGGUGUCAUUACCGCUGCCAUCUCCAUCGCGGCCGCCCUGGUCCUCGUUGGCUUCCCGGACAGCAAAAAGCUGUAUCGAGGCUUUCUCAAUGCAAAGGAAAGAGACUUUGUCGUGGCCAAAAUCAACGCAGAUCGAGGGGAUGCCGAGGAGAAAGAGCCGUUUAAUAUGGGAAGCUUUCUCCGCCACGGUUUGGACAUUAAAGUCUGGGGCUUUGCUCUGCUCUUCUGCAUGCUUCUCGUCGUGUCAUACUCCUUUGCCUACUUCCUCCCAAUCAUCCUGCAAAAAGGCAUGGGUUUCUCGACGGCUGCAGCUCAGUGCUUGGUGACCCCGCCGUAUGUUGCUGCGGGCAUUAUGAUGUAUACUGAGGGAUGGUUGGGUGACAAGUACAAAACCCGAGCGCCAAUCUUACUCUUCAACUGCGUUGUGACGCUUAUUGGUCUCCCGGUCAUGGCCUUCUCGCCCAGUAUGGCCGGCAAAUAUGUCGGUGCGUUCCUUACAGUUAUGGGCGCCAACUCGAACAUCCCUUGUACUAUGGCCUAUCAAGCAAAUAAUAUCCGUGGUCAUUGGAAACGGUGUUUUUGCAGUGCCACAUUCGUCGGCGUCGGUGGCAUUGGCGGUAUCAUUGGCAGCUUGGUCUUCCGCUCUCAGGACGCCCCACGAUACCUUCCCGGAAUCUACGCCUGCAUCGUGAGCCAGGUACUCGUGCUGGCAAUCGUGCUGUUGCUUUCAGUCAAGUUUCGCCGGGACAACAAGAAUCAAGCCGCUGGGACUCUGAUCAUUGAACGAGACGACCAAUUCAGAUAUACCAUCUAG